AUGUGUGGGGAGUGUGGAUACAGGUCAGCUGACAAGUCCACCUUAUCAAAACACAUGACAACCCAUACAGGAGAUAAACCCUACAUGUGUGGGGAGUGUGGGUACAGGGCAAAUAGGAAGUCUUACUUAUCCCAACACAUGACAACGCACACAGGAGUCAAACCCUACGUGUGUGAUGAGUGCGGGUACAGGACAUGUGGGCACAGGACAGCUCGCAAGUCCGACUUAGUCAAACAUCUGAGAACCCACACAAGACCUUUCAAGUGUGACCACUGUGACUAUUCCGCAUCACAAAAGUCCUCUCUGGACAAGCAUGUAACAGAACAUACUGAUGAGAAACCCUAG